UUUUAUAAGCUAAACUAAUAUUAAAAAGUGCUGGAACUGCUUCCAUAGAACGUUUGUCAACAUGGAUGUCGAAGAGCUACUUUCGUUUAAGCCAGAAAAGCCAACAUUUGAUUCGAAGCACAAAAGAUUAAAAGAUGAUGAUGAUGAUGACUACAGAAGAAAGAAAAGACGGGCUGAUCCAUACAAUUCUAAUUUGGACAAAGAUCAAAUGACAGAGGAAGAAAAAGAGAAAAUCAGACAAAUGAUAGAGGCUGAACCGGAUGCUGAGGCUAUGGAUGAAACAAGUUUUAAAAAGCUGCUGCUACAGUUUGAGAAACGUGUGUAUAAAAAUCAAGAGAUGAGAAUUAAGUUCCCAGAUUUACCAGAAAAAUUCAUGGAGUCAGAAAUUGAACUUAAUGAGACAAUUCAUGAAAUGCAUGUCAUGGCAACAGUCCCUGAGUAUUAUCAAAUUCUGGUUGAUUUACGCUGUAUUCAGUCUUUGCUGCAAUUAAUUGCUCAUGAAAAUACUGACAUUUCUAUUGCUGUAAUAGACCUGUUACAAGAACUAACUGACCCUGACAUACUGAAUGAAAAUGAAGAUACUGCCUCUGUUUUAAUUGAUGCUUUACUUGAAGGUCAAGUGGUUGCUGUACUAGUAAAUAACUUGGAGAGACUGGAUGAGAAUGUGAAGGAGGAAUUUGAAGGAGUACAUAACAGCCUUGCAAUCAUUGAGAAUAUGACAGAUUUUAAGCCAGAGAUGUGUUCAGAAGCUGCACAGCAGGGCUUGCUGCAAUGGCUCCUAAAAAGACUGAGAAUGAAACGUCCUUUUGAUCAGAACAAGUUGUACAGUAGUGAAAUUAUUGCUAUAUUAUUGCAAGACACUGAAGAAAACAGACAGCUUUUAGGAGAGCUUGACGGUAUUGACAUUUUGUUGCAACAGCUUGCUACAUUUAAGAAGCAUGACCCUAGUAAUAAAGAUGAAAUUGAGCUUAUGGAGAACUUGUUUAAUUCGAUGUGCUCUGCACUGGCAUAUCCUGCAAACAGAGCAAGAUUCCUCCGAGGAGAAGGGCUGCAGCUGAUGAACUUGAUGCUAAGAGAGAAAAAGUUGUCACGCAACAGUGCCAUCAAAGUAUUAAACCAUGCAAUGACUGGUAUUGAAGGGUUAGAUAACUGUCAAAAAUUUGUUGAAAUAUUAGGGCUUCGGAGUGUAUUUCCAUUAUUUAUGAAAACACCAAAACAGACUAGAACUGGCCCAGCACCUGAUGAGUUGGAAGAGCACAUAUGUUCCAUAAUAGCAUCCAUGCUUAGAAAUUGCCAGAGUACACCACGACAGAGGCUUUUGUUAAAAUUUACUGAAAAUGAUCAUGAAAAGGUUGAAAGACUUUUGGAAUUGCACUUCAAGUAUUUGGAUAAAGUGCGUCAAUGUGAUGAUCAAAUAGAACGUGAGAAAAUGAGAUUAAAACAAAGUGGAGACAAUUUGGAUGAGGACAUGGAAGACGAGUUCUAUCUGAAACGUUUGGACUCUGGCUUGUUUACUCUGCAGCUGAUUGACUAUAUUAUGUUGGAGGCCUCAGCUAGUGGAGCACCAUCUGUUCACACAAGAAUAAUGCAGAUUCUCAACAUGCGAGGUGGUUCUGUUAAAGUUAUAAAGGGCAUAAUGAGAGAGUAUGCAGGAAACAUAGGCGAUGCUAAAGAUCCCACAGCUAAAGAAGCUGAGAGAGAAAGGAUACUAGCUCUAGUUGAAAAAUUUUAACACUUAAUUUGUAAUGAUCUCAUCUGUAAUAUAAGCUCAUUAAAAUUUUACUUGUAUUA